AUGCGCAACAAAAUGACAACGGGAAACAUUUGCCAAUGUGGAAGAGGUGAGACAAAAAACAGCAGAAGCACUAAAAGACAUCAAAAUUGGAGUGAUUGCUGGUGCUCCUUGAGUUUCACUGUGCCACCCAAGGAUGAUGAGAAAGAUGCUGGAAAGUCAGCCAAGAAAGACAAAGACCCAGUGAACAAAUCUGGGAUGAAGGCCCAAAAGAAGUGGUCCAAAGGCAAAGCUUGGGACAAGCUCAAUAACCUAGUCUUGUUUGACAAAGCGACACAUGACAAACUCUGUAAGGAAGUUCCCAACUACAAGCUCCUAACCCCAGCUAUUGUCUCUAAGCAACUGAAGGUCUGCAGUUCCUUGGCCAGGGCAGCCCUUCAGGGGCUCUUUAGUGAAGGGUUUAUUAAACUAGUUUCAAAGCACAGAGCUCAAGUAAUUUACACAAGAAACACAAAAGGUGGGGAUGCCCUAGCUGUUGGUGAAGAUGCAUGAACAACAGGUCCCACCAGCUGCACAUUUUGAAAAAUAAAACUGUAUUAAAUCACUAAAAAAAAAAGGCAUCAAAAUUGACACGUUCAAAAACUGUUUUGAGCACUGGAAAAAACGUCUUGAUAGGUGUGUUGCAUC